AUGACUCCGACAGCCGGCAAGCGAAAUCGAUCGCCAGUGGCAAGGGUAUCAUGCAUGCUAGAUUCCCUGGAGACCCAGCUGAACCGCCUCUGCGCGCGCUCGCGACUCUUCACUCGGAAGAACUGGCAGUACUGCUGUCUCCUGAGUGGCCAACUCUCAUUCCUCAGCGCCUUCAUGGUCCUCGUCGCCGGGGGGUUUCCCCCACCCAUGAAGCCGACCUGGUCCGCCGAGAGGGUCCACGAACACUACUUCUCGCACAAGGAGGGCAUCCGGGCCAGCGUGCCCCUUCUCCUUCUCUCGGGCGGCUUUUACCUCCCGUUCGCGGCUCUGCUCUCCAAGCAUCUCCGGCAGAUCCCCGGCAUCGAUCCCAUCCUCCCUGACCUCCAGCUGGCGGCGGGGGCCGCAGGUAUCUUCUCCAUCAUGGUCCCCGCAAGCUUCCUCGGUCUGAUCACCUUCCGCGACUACGGCCCCGACUUGACUCUGUUGAUCAGCGACCAGUUCUGGCUGAAUUUCUUCCUCCCCUGGCCUACUUUUCUAAUCCAGGCGUGGACUGUGGCUUGGGCCGCCUUCGCUGACACCAGCGCCAAGCCGAUCUUCUCCAAGACAGUCGGGCUGAUCAACUUUGUCGUGCCCUUCUUUUACCUGUCACUGACUGGCGUGCAUGUGCAACAUGAUGGGCCCUAUGCUUGGAGCGGUGCGCUUACUUUCUGGGUGACGGCGGUGGCGUUUGGCGUUCAGAUCGGAGCGGAUACAAACUGCCUGUUUCAAAGGAUUCGAGCCAUGCCCAACGAUGACGGCGCCAUUGAAGAAGAGGAAGAAGCUCAAGGUAUCGCAAGCCCCUAG